AUGGUGCGAGAACUUCACGGACGUGGGCUCCUGCUAACGAUCAGCACGGUGACAUCUCUCGGCUUCAUGCUGAUCGGGUACGACAACGGGCUCAUGGGUGGACUUGUCAACUCGCCUGCGUUUAACGCGACGUUUCGCAGCCCCAAGCCGAGAAUGAUAGGGCUUAUCGUGGCCAUUUUCGAAAUUGGGUGCUUCCUUGGCUCCAUCAGCGCCGCAGUAUUUGGGGACCGCUUCGGACGUCGCCGAACCAUUGGCCAUGGCUGCUGGAUCAUGAUAGUAGGCGCCGUCUUGCAAGCAACUUCUUUCAGCCGAGAACAGCUUAUCAUCGGCCGAAUCGUGUCCGGCAUCGGGCUAGGCAUUGUCAACUCAACUGUUCCAGUCCUACAGGCAGAGUUUAGUCCCAGAGCAAGUCGGGGCAUAUAUGUCUGUGCCCAACUUUCGACGCUCAACUUUGGCAUUUUUCUUGUUUAUUGGAUUGACUAUGCCUUUUCAUCUGGAAUUCGCAGCUAUGCAUGGAGAGUGCCGGUCAUUCUGCAAUGCUUCUGCAUUGUCCCCAUCCUAGUAAUCCUCCCGUUCAUCCCAGAGACACCUCGAUGGCUCGCUGCUCAUGAUCGGCCAGACGAGUGUCUCAAGGUCCUCGCCAGGAUGCGAUCGGCUGCGACUGAUGAUGCCGAAGUUCUGAAGAUUCACGGCAACAUACUCCAAACAGUUGCUCUAGAGUCGUCCAUGAAUUUAGGAUCCUGGGGAGAUUUUCUAAAAAAUGACCAGGUCCAGUCUCAAAAGAGACUGCUCAUCGCCUGCGCCAUUCAGAGUUUCCAGCAGCUCGGCGGUAUCAACGCUGUGAUAUAUUACACGAGUACGCUCUUCGAGAAAAGUGUGGGAUUUAGCCCACACAUGUCCGCGCUCAUGUCGGGAAUACUGCAGACGUGGUUCUUCAUCGCGUCGUUUAUUCCGUGGUUCCUGAUUGAUAGAAUAGGACGGAAACCCUUGUUUCUCUCCAUGAUUAGCUUAAUGGCCGGCGUCAUGGCGAUACAGGCAGGACUCAUUUACCAAGUAGACAAUGAUACGCCCCGUGCCCAUGGGGCCGCCAUUGGGGCUGCAGUUAUGCUUUUUGUUUUCCAAGGCGCCUUUACAGUUGGAUUCCAAGCGACAGUCUGGGUGUAUCCCUCAGAGAUCCUUCCGCUGCGACUGCGCCAGCGAGGCUCAUCUCUAUCCACGGCAGCAAACUGGAUUUUCAACUACAUGGUCGUACAAGUGACCCCUAUUGCCAUCGAUAGAAUUGGCUGGAGAACAUAUGUUAUUUUUGCUGUUCUAAACUCCAUUUGGGUACCAAUUAUAUUUCUGUUCUUCCCCGAGACUAAGGGGCUUGAGUUGGAGGAUGUGGAUCGUCUCUUUGCAAAGCAAAACUUUCUCGAUGACUCUACCAGAGUACAGCCUACUUCUGUGGCAGCGGUCCAGGUUGACUUUCAUGAAAAAUCCGUUUAA